AUGAGCACGACGCCGAAGCAAGAGGAGAAGAAGAUGAAUAAGAACAAAAGAGGAGAUCACGAUUCCGAUUACGAAGCCGAGUACAAGCAGCUGGCGCGGGAUGAGCUGGAGGACAUGCUGCUGACCGGCGAGCUGCCCGACUUUGCCUCGGGCCAGGCGAGAUGGAACGAACGUAAGAACCGCUACUCGAAUAACCUCCCGCUCGAACGCACGCGCGUCAAGCUCGCCCCGCGGCCCCACACCCCCGGCUCCGACUACAUCAACGCCAGCUACAUACACGCUCCCGCUGCUUCUGUCCACGCCUGCCAUGCCAAGGCCAAGGACGACAACGACGACGUAGAAGUAGUAGAAGAAGCCGAGUACAUUGCGGCCCAGGCGCCGCUGGCCGGUACCUGCGGCGACUUCUGGCGCAUGGUGGCCGAGCGCGGGGCCGGGCUGGUGGUCAUGCUCACCCGCCUGCGCGAGGGCGAGCGCACCAAGGCCACCCGCUACUGGCCUCGGCGCGUCGGGCGCACCACCCGGUUCGGCGAGGUGCGCGUGCGGCUCGUCUCGGUUCACUCCCACUACGGACCCGCCCGCGACGACCUCAUCGUGCGCCGAUUCCUCAUCCGCCGCGUCCGCGUGCCGCAGCAGCAGCUCAACCAACAACACGACGACGACGGCAUGCACGACGAUGACGAUGGCCACGACAACAACAACGACAACGAUGCGAUGACGAGCGAGGAGAGCGAGGUGGAGGGCGAGGAGAGCGGCGAGGGCGAGUGGCGGGAGGUGGUGCACCUGCACUACCAGGCCUGGCCCGACUUUGGCCGCCCGGCCACGGACAGCUUCAGGGAGCUGCUGCGGCUGGUCGACGACUUCCACGUGGCCCACGCCGGGCCGAUCGUCACGCACUGCUCGGCCGGGCUUGGUCGCACGGGCGUGCUCAUCGCCGCCCACAUCGCGCUCGCCCAGCUCCGUCGCACAGCCGCCGCCGCCGCCGCCGAGGUGGUUCGACCCGACGUGUAUGCCACGGUGCGCCACAUCCGCAAGCAGCGAUCGGGCAUGGUACAGACGCUCGAGCAGUUUACCUUCAUCCACGAGGUGGUGAACGACCUCCUCGCCGAGCGGGAGGCCGCCGCCUCCAUCAUGACCACCACGACCACGACCACGUCCACGAUCACCACUUCGAGAGCAAGAGUCAGCGCCCACACGGCGACGAAGAGGUGCUCGUCGAGCCCGCCCAGGAUCAGCAGCGGCCGGUCCUCGGCCCGAGGCGGCGGCGGCUUUUCGACUUCACUGGGCUGGAGCGCCACGUCAGCGCCAUCGGCUUCGUCGGGGUGCUGCUCGUUGGUCGACGACCUGAUGGACUACGACACCACCACCAGCUGCGCGGCCGAGCUCGGGCUGGCCAGUGCGCACCACCACCACCACAAGGCUGCCGUGCGACGCGAGCAGCAGCGGGGCCGGCAGGGCCUGUGCAGUUCGACGCCGGCCAUCUGCAUGCGGGUGUGA